UUGAACUCCGCGAAAUCGCACGCCAUUAUUGAUAAGGUGUUCAGCAAUCGCGAUUCUACGAUCUGCUGUCAACCCACACACGUCGUUACACCAAGCCAGCUCGCUCAUGACAUCCCUCAAGAUCUCCGUCGGUGACACUAUUCCCAAGGGCAACUUCGGUAUCGUCCCUUACACCGAAGAGUUAGCUGAUCAUUCGGCGUGUGGUAUUCCCACCAUCCUCUCUACUGACAGUUGGAAGGGCAAGAAGGUUGUUCUCUUCUCAGUGCCUGGCGCUUUCACGCCAACCUGUCACAUCAACCACCUCCCACCCUACCUUGCCAAGUACAAGGAGUUCAAGGACAAAGGUGUCGAUGUCAUCGCUGUCAUUGCUGCCAAUGACCCGUUCGUCAUGAGCGGAUGGGGACGUGUUGAGGGACUGACAGACAAGAUAAUCACUCUCUCAGACUCCAGUGCCGCGUGGUCAGGCAGCCUGGGAUUAAGUGUUGACCUCACCGAGCGCGGAAUGGGUAUCCGCACUGCGAGAUACGCCAUGAUCAUAGAUGACUUGGUUGUCAAAUACGUCGAGGUCGAGCCUGCCCCCGGAGUCACCGUUUCUGGUGCUGAUGCCGUGUUGGCCAAGCUGUGAUUGAAAGUGUCGAUUUCUCCGCGUAUUCAAACACGUGUAUUUGUGAGGCUGUCUCACUAGAAUGAGCAAACACCUAUUAAGUAAGUGCUUGCUGGCAUUGUGUAGAAAUAAAUAAAUCAGUAGAGCGAAGAAGAAUAUAUUUACCUGUCUGCCGAGAAGGAUUUCAUCAAUCGAAUAGAAGUUUUCCCAAUAAUUCUCAAGUAACGUAGACUCUGGAGGAAGACAAUUACUAUUCGAACCCGAU